AUGGAAAAAAGUCGUGAAUUAAAUGAGUUUGAAUGUGGAAAAAUAAUUGGUUUAAAGAUAGCUGGAAGAACUCAUGAGGCUAUUUCACGUCUUUUAAAGAUUCCAAAAACCACUGCUACGGAUACAAUCAUCCGACAUGCUAAUUCUAAUAACGGAUCAAAUGCUAAAAGAUCCGGAAGACCAUCUUCCAUGAAUGGUCGUCGAACACUUAUAGAAAGCAUGCCAAAUACUCUUAGCUGGUCGGAUACUUUUCCGAGGGUAGUGUAUAUCCCAAUUUUUGUCUAUAAGCUAAAUCUUAGAUAA